UGGUUCUUGUUUAUCUUAUCUCAACUAACAGUACACCACCUGCUCAUUUUCUGUCGUGUUUCGUUCAGAUCGUUUCGAAAAAGACAGGUGUUAUGGCAAAGAUUGUGAAUAUUAUAGCAAUUUAUAUAAGCGUCGCCGAGUUGGUUUUACAGUCAGUUGACGCCUGUCCCAAUGGGUGGAUGGAGUAUCAUGAAAAAUGUUACCACUUCAGUCACGACACAGAACCUUGGGAACUCGCGCAGAUGAUCUGCAGAGAAAUGCGUGCAAACCUUGUCGAGAUUGAGACGGCGGCGGAGAACAAUUUCCUGACGCAGGAGGUCGUGCGAAGAGGAGGGGAAUUUUGGAUCGGUGCGUCCGAUCUAUUCAUCGAAAAUGAAUGGCUUUGGUCGACGUCACAACAAAGGAUAUCGUACGCUAACUGGGCCCCGAAUGAGCCGACAAAUGGCGGAGGCAAUCCGGAACAUGGCGCAGGCAACGAAAACUGUGCACAAAUAAGGGCAUUUGACCGCAAAUGGAACGAUGACCAAUGCCAUGUAAACAAUUACUACAUAUGUGAAAAAGGUGUGGAAGAGGCAAUCGUCGGAUGACAGAAACAUCUUUGGUGUCCGUUGUUGUAAAUAAAACAGAUGGAACGGCAAAA